AUGCAUCUACACCAAAACAUGAGGACAAGACCAGGUGAAGAACAGUUCUCAAAAUGGCUUAUUCAACUUGGCAAUGGUGAAUUAACAUCAAACGACUAUGAUGAAAUCGAAUUACCUCGCUCCUGUAUAUUAGACAGUAAUUUGGUCGACGAGAUCUUUGGCCAAUACAUUUCUCCAGAAGAUAUUUCAACUCUAUGCAACAGAACAAUUCUUUGUCCCAAAAAUGAACAUUCUCUCUUGGUCAAUGAAGAAGUUCUUCAACGACUAACCGGAAUAGAAAAAAUGUACACAAGUGUGGAUGAAGUAGAAUGUGAGGAGGGUGAUGAUGUUACCAACUAUCCUAUAGAAUUUUUGAAUAGUGCUGCACCUUCAGAAAUGCCUCUUCAUAAACUCAAACUAAAGAGCGGUGCAAUUGUUAUGCUUCUUCGCAAUCUCGAUGUUCAUUAA